CAUAGCCACAUCCAUGAAGAGUUUUCUUGGGAAAACUCAAAACAUAUCCAUACCAAACAUAAAAGAUGGAUGAAGAACAUACCAUGAAACUGAGUUUUUUGUGCUCAGUUUCCCAUUUUAUCAACCAUGAUUUGCCUUUUGGACUGAUUUUUGAAACAAACAUGAACACCUUCUCUUUGAAUCCAGCUUUCCUCUCCUUGACAUCUCCCAUGGUGGAACUAACAUAUGCCUCCAUCUUCACAGCCUUUGUUGCUGCAAGACGUUGGCCAAGCAAGAGGGGUUUCACAUGAAGAAUUGUCUGAAAACAAUGAGAAAGGAGGGAUUGAGAGAGGACUUGGAGGAGAAGUAGAGACACCCGGAGUUUCCUAUUUUGGUGAGACACCAGCCCCUAUCUAUGGACCUCCUAAGAAGCAGAAGCCAGAACCAAAGCCACCAACACCAGUUUAUGAAUCCUCUAAGAAGGAGAAGCCUGAACCAGAACACAAGCCACCAGCCCCUGUCUAUAAACCUCCUAAGAAGGAGAAGCCAGAACCAAAAUACAAACCACCACCCAAGCCAUUGCCGCCUUAUGGUGAGUACCCUGAGAAUCCUACGGUGGAGAAGCCACCGACUGCAUACAGCAAGCCACCUUAUGGUUUGUAUGUGGGAUACCCCAACUGAAGAAGCAAUCUAUUUCACAAUUCCGGGCAGCUCACAAGCACUCAUUUGAAUAAAUUUGAACCUACAAA